UAUAGAGAAGUACUUUUUCUUGAAGUAUUCAUGCUCCUUUAACCAGAAAUUAACAGAUUGUGAUUUUCGUAUGCAAAAGAAGAAAUAAAUACAUUGGCUUUUUGCGCCUGUUUAAUAUCAUCAAGUGAAAAUUAGUUAUUUUGUUGAAAACCAACAAACCGUCAAAUUCCACGCAACAGUAACAACAACUAAAGAAACCAAAUUAGAUCUAGAUCAAGUAACAAAUUAAAAAGAAAAGAACACACAAAAUUAUACCUGCAACAUAAGAAGAAACAAGCACAAAUCUGUAAAACAAAAAGCUAAAAUAAAAUACCACAAUGAAAGUUGCUAAAUUUAUGGGUCAUAUAACAAUAAUUGUUUUAUGUUGUCUUUUAACGGUUUUAGCUGAAACUCUAGACACAAGACAUUUACAAAGGCAACACAUAAAACACUUAACACAGCAACAACAGCAGCAGCAACAGACACAUCACCAACAUAAUCAGCAUCAACAUCAUCAUCGACAACAACAUCUAACAAAAUUAAGACAACAAUUACUACCCAGCACGGGCACUGGCAGCUCUAGACAGUCUAGAAAAUUAGAAUUAAAAUCACCACCAACCGCAUCAACAGCAUCACAUCAAGAAAAUCCCAAUAGUCAAGUGGAACUUAUUGAACAACUUAAAAAUAAUAUACCAAAGAAUGCAACAGCAGUCGCAGCUGCAUCAGCACCAGUAACGUCCACCAAAUUACGACGUUUAAGUGCUAAAGAAUACUACAACAAAUCCGUACAGAGACGUUACAAUGCCCGUCGCAAUGCUCACGAUGACUGGGCCUACAACACCUACAAUGUGCACACGAACACAUUUGGUCCCACGCAGACCCAAUCUCACGCGGGCAAGGGUGACGACAACAGUGAUGAUGUGGAAUUUGUUAGUAAUAAUGGGGUAAAAUCUCUGCCCGAUUGGUCGAGACGUGGUUAUGUACCGGCUAUGGUACCAACAUCGGGUCCUACACGCAAGACAACAACCACAACUGUACCACCACCAGCCAUGAUUCCAGCCAGACGUGGUUAUCCUUUGGCACCACCCACCAGUGCGGGCGCUGAUUCUCCCACUACAGAGGAUCCUUUUGAAACGAAUGUCAUAAGCAAAAAUCCAAGUGGUAUGGAUCCAAAAGAUAUGGAAAAACGUCACAUUUGCGUGCAACAGCGGACAGUAACAAUGCCCGUAAAAUCAACUGAAGUUUAUACACGUCCAAUUUGGAAACAUGUCAGUACGCCGUGUCAACCGCAAACGCAUGUAAAUCAAAUGUGUACACGCGUCCAGUUGGUGCACGAACAAGCGUUUCGCGAUGUAAUACGUCACAAAUCAGCUCAACAGGUCACCUACGAUUGUUGUACGGGAUGGAUGCGUGAAUCACAGCAUGCUGAUGGUUGCAUGAAACCUAUUUGCGCGGCUCGCUGUCAAAAUGGUGGCACCUGUUCGGGUCCCGAUACAUGUUCUUGCCCGUCGGGUUUUAGUGGACGCUAUUGUGAACACGACAUUAACGAGUGUAAAGAAGAGAAACCCUGUGAUCAAACAUGCAUCAAUACAGUCGGCUCUUACUAUUGCAAGUGUCGUGAAGGCUUCACUCUACAGGCUGAUCAGCAAAGUUGUAAAAAAAUUGAUUUACACCAUGAUGAUGCAUUUGAAGCACGCGAUUUAGAAAACGAAAUAGAAACGCAAGAAGACAUCACAGCCAGAUUACAAAAGAUUGAAAAACAAUUGGCCAACGAAAGAGUACAGGCUAAUGAAUUGCACAAGACUUUGCAGUCGACUUAUACAAUGGUGGAUUUAUUAAAAAAUCGUUUAGUUAAUUUGGAAAAACAACAAUUGGACUACAAUCGUUUGCAGACGAAUUUGUACAAUACAGAAUCUCGUACUCUUAAGCUGGAGGGCAUGGUUAAUUUAUUAAUGAAAUGUCGAAAUGGUCCCAAUGCUCAUUGUCCUUAGAAAUUUUUGAAUCCCCCAGGUUGAGAUUUAUUAUUAAAACAAUUUAGUUUUAUUUUUGAUUUUAUUAUUAUUAUUAUAAACAAAUCACACACAGAACUGCAUUUCUUUCUCGGUUAGAAAUUUUUACUUAAUUUACUUUUAUUCUAAGUCUAGUUUUACACAUAUUUAAGGGAUUCUCUAUGAAUUGCUUUCUAAAGUAAUUAAAAGAAAAAUUAUAUUUUUCUUUUUCUACUUUUAUUUUAUUUCAUAUGUAUUUUUAUUACUAUUAUUAUUGUAUUAUUUAAGAAUCCUGUAAAUCCUUGCGCUAUUCUUUCCGUUUAGUAUUUUUUGUGUACUUUUACAUUGCCUUGUCUUUUUAUGUGUCAUUCCCUAACAUUUUUUUUGUUUAAUUGAAAACUCGAAAUUUUUGAAAUAAAAUAAAGAAAAAUUUUUAAGUUAAAAAAACAUAACCGUUGUUUUGCACGCUUAGUUGUUUAAUUAAAGUUAAUAUACAAAUAUAUUUCUACAUUUUUUCUUUUAUUUGGAAAAAAUCGAUAAUGAAAAGCUUUUAUAUGCAUAGUUUUUUAGAGAACUUUUAUUUUUUGUAACGUAUUUAAGUGUAAAUAUUUAAAUAAAGUUAUUUUUAUGUACAAUAAAAUUAAA